CCAAAGGAUGCCAAUCAGCGCUCAGAUCCGCACGUGACCGCCGCCCCAAGAUGGCGCUGCCCAUGGCCGCGGCCCGGGGGCCGCUCUGGCGCCUCGGCCCCGCCGCCCUCGGCUCCCCCCGGGGCCGGGUUCCGCCGCCGCUCGCUCCGGCCGUGUCCAGGUGCCCGGUCCGUUCCCCGGUCCGUUGCCCGGUGCGCUCGCUCUCCUCCCGCGCCGCCUCCCGCGCCCUCGUGGCCGCCGUGGCCGCCGCCGCCCGGCGGGUGAGCGCCCGCUACGAGCGGUACCUGGAGAGGAGCUGGCCCCGCUUCUUCCUCCUGCACAGCACCUUCAAAAACGGGGUGCAGGCCCUGCUCCUGGAGGUGCAGGAGGUCCGCAGGAUCAGGGCCACGAUGGCGCAGCUGCAGCUGAGCCCUCAGCAGCUCCCGUACCGCGACAUGGAGCGCCUGCGCCAGUUCCGCAGGGACGUGCUCAAGGCCAUUCCCAUUGGGAUCAUCGCCAUCCCCCCCUUCGCCAACUUCCUGGUGCUGCUCCUCAUGUAUUUCUUCCCCCGGCAGCUCCUGAUCAGGCACUUCUGGACGCCCAGGCAGCAGCUGGAGUUCCUGGAUGCCUUACGCACCGCCGCCGGAGGCUCCUCAGCUGCGCGCUCUGCGGCGCGGGCGGUGCCGCCCCAGGCACGGCCCCAGCAGCUCCUCCUGCAGCUCUGUGAGCAGGUGCAGGGAGGUGCCCGGCCCCACCUGGCCCAGCUCCUGGCUGUGAGGAGUUUGUUCUCGAGCUCUCUGCUGCUGCUCAACAGGCUCCAGGUGGAUCACGUGAGAGCCCUGAGCCAGGUGCUGUUCCUGACCCCUCACCUGCCCGCCUUCCUCCUGCGGCGCCGCCUGCGCAGCCACGUCCUGGAGAUCCGGCACCUGGACCACGCCCUGCUGCGCCUGGGGCCGGGGCAGCUCUCCGAGGAGGAGCUCCGGGCGUGUGUCCAUGUGUCCGUCCCUGAACGUGUCUAUGUGUCCGUCCCUGAGCGUGUUCAUGUGUCUGCGUGUCCAUCCCUGACCAUGUCUGUGUGUCCGUCCCUGACCGUGUCCGUGUGUCUGUGUGUCCGUCCCUGA